AUGUCUCUCAAAGAAGCCUACAGUCUCGCACACACAGCUCAAUGCAGGCUUCAAAUUGCGGCUUCUCGUCCCGAGCGCAAUUUGAGGUUCGUGGUUGGGCAUCUCAUGCACUACGAGCACUUGCGAUUGCGAAUAGUUGAGAUCGAGCACGACAUAAGCAAAUCCGAGCGAGCACAAGCAGUCGCAUUCAAAGGCACUGGUCAUGUGGGUGGCAGCAGUCUCCGACAUAAGCCUUCUACUGGCCAGCUAGGAAGACGGUCGCCACCGCCUCCAGUACGUGUGACUGAAGAUGAGGUGGAAGGCGACGACGACGACUUCGAUGCUGGUGUUGACGACGAUGACGAGGACGCUGGUCUCGGACUGAUGCGUUUCCCUUCCGGUACUGCGCGUCCACCACAACCGCCACCAGAGCUCGAACCAGAUGACGGGGAGGAUGAGGACGAGGACGAGCCUGUCUCGCCCGAGGAGCCAGACCAAGCAACCAUAGAAGCUGCUAUCAGAGGCCAGGAAAGCGCAGACCUGGCCAAGAUGUACGAGGGCGUGCGAAGAUGUCCAUGUCACGGGAAGACUGAUUCGCCCUCGAUAACGAGGAUGUGGGAGUUACCGGCUAGUGAGCAGAACGGAAAGAACCCAGGCGUGACCUUUGCUGUGGCUGAAGUAGCUGUGACUGCUUAG